UUUCCGGUUCUUGUCCUUUACUUUCGUGUAGAUGAACUUCAUUUUGUUCACUUCAGGAUUGUGAGGAGUGCAAGAAAAAUGAUUGGGUCACUUAAAUUAGUUCUACUUUUAAGUUUAAUUUACUUAUGUAAAGCUAGUGAAGAAGAUGUUCUUGAACUUACUGAUGCUGACUUUGAAAGUGUGAUAGCUCAACAUGAAACAGCUCUCGUCAUGUUUUAUGCACCAUGGUGUGGCCAUUGUAAGAGAUUGAAGCCGGAAUACGCCGUAGCGGCCGGAAUUCUAAAGAGCGAUGACCCGCCGGUUGCGCUUGCUAAAGUUGACUGUACAGAGGGAGGCAAGAGUACGUGCGAGAAAUUUUCAGUAUCGGGUUACCCAACACUGAAAAUUUUCCGCAAAGGAGAACUUUCACAAGAGUACAAUGGACCCAGGGAAUCAAAUGGUAUUGUAAAAUACAUGAGAGCACAAGUUGGACCAAGUUCCAAGGACCUCCUCACCCUUGAUAGCUUCAAUGACUUCCUUGCCAAAGAUGAGGUGGUGGUUGUUGGCUUCUUUGAAAAAGAGACAGAUCUCAAAGGAGAAUUCCUGAAAGUGGCUGACAAAAUGAGAGAAGAGAUUACAUUUGGACAUUCUUCUGCUAAGGAUGUUUUAGAAAAAGCCGGAUACAAGAACAAUGUUGUGUUAUACCGUCCUAAACGUCUGCAAAACAAGUUCGAAGACUCUUCUGUUGAAUACAAAGGUGAACCUUCUUCCCUGAAAGCCUUCAUUAAAGCUAACUACCAUGGAUUGGUUGGUGUACGGCAAAAGGACAACAUGCGUGACUUCACCGAUCCUUUGGUUGUUGCUUACUACGAUGUUGACUAUAUCAAGAAUACUAAGGGUACCAACUACUGGAGAAACCGUGUUCUUAAGGUUGCUAAAGAAGUUCCGGAUGUCACGUUUGCAAUCAGCGACAAGGAUGACUUCACACCUGAACUGAAUGACUAUGGCAUUGAUUUUGCUAAAGGUGACAAGCCCGUAGUAGCUGGCCGUGAUGCUGAUGGCAACAAAUUCGUUAUGAGCACUGAAUUCAGCAUUGAAAAUCUUCUGGCAUUCAGCAAAGACCUCCUAGCUGGCAAGUUAGAACCAUUCAUCAAAUCCGAGGCUGUUCCAGAAGAUAAUUCAGGCCCAGUAAAGGUAGCUGUUGGCAAGAACUUCAAGGAGGUUGUCACCGACAGUGGAAGAGAUGCUCUUGUUGAAUUCUAUGCUCCCUGGUGUGGUCAUUGCCAGAAACUUACUCCCAUUUGGGAAGAACUUGGCGAAAAGCUCAAAAACGAAGACAUUGAUGUGGUGAAGAUUGAUGCUACAGCCAAUGAUUGGCCCAAGUCAUUAUAUGAAGUGUCUGGCUUCCCCACUAUCUACUGGAAAUCUAAGGACACAAGCAAGAAACCAGUUAGAUACAAUGGUGGGCGUGCGCUUGAAGACUUCCUCAAAUAUGUGUCAGAACAAGCCUCCAGUGAACUUAAGGGUUGGGACAGAAAGGGCAAUGUGAAAGAUGAGCUGUAGACUGCAAAGGAUCUGAGAGUGAAUGAGUGUGUGUAUACAGCCUUAAGCAAUAGAACCUAGUGUAUCCAACUCUUGUAUGAAAUUUAGAUCAUUCCAUUCACUAAAUCUUAUAUGAGAGGUUUAUUAUUUAAGUAUUUUUGUUAUUUAUCCUUUGAAACUUGUUUUAUCUUGUCAUUGACUGGUUUUCAAUAGAUAGAUGUCAAUGAGUUCAAAUACAGUAAUUUUUAAUGCAUUUCUAUUUUCAGUGGGAAUAAUAUAUAAGAUUAUUUAUAUAA